AUGGUUAAUUAAUAAUGCAUUCUGAGUACCAAACCAACCUUUCUAGGAGCGAGCUCAGUAUAAUGCCUAAAUAAAUGUUCCAACAAAUCCAAAAUUAUGGAGUUAACAAAACAAUAAGAAAUUGACUUUAGAGAAUCAUUGUAUCAAGUAAAUAUCUUUAUUCUAUAACAAGGAAAUUGAAAAAAAUUUGGAAGUAUUUGUAUUCUAAUGUAAAUUUCAAUUUAUAAUUCCGAUGUAGUAUCCAAUAUAAUAAUAGAGUAUUCCUUUAAUUUAAUAAGAAGUCUCGCAAUAAUAACAAAAAACUGCUCAAAAAUAGAAUCUAACACUUUCAUGGCAGACUUAAUCUCAUAUUUUAUAGAAUCGAACAAAAAAAGAAAUAUAAUAGUUGUCUAUUGAUCUUUCAUAUACUAAAUUAUGUUUUGCUGUAAUAAAACACAGAUGGCUUCAAUAAAUCAAGAAAAUUAUUCUGAAUAGCUUAUUUAAUUAUAGAAUCCAUAUUCAGGUGUGUAAAUUUAAGCUCGAUUAAUGUGGAUAUAUUAAUAAAGAUGGAGAUUUAAAAUACAUAAUAAGAUGCAUACUUUUGAGCUUUUUUUAAAAAUUUAUUUAUAGUUUAUGCCAUUCUAAAUUAUGA